AUGACAGCUACCACAACAGGUACCAUAACUACAAACACCACUGCAACUACCACUCCUACCACCACAGCUACUACAACAGAUACCACAACUGCAAACACCGCUGCAACUACCACUCCUACCACCACAGCAAUCAAAAUGGAUACCACAACUGAAAACACCAUUGCAACUACCAAUUAUACCACCACAGCUACCACAACGGAUACCACAACUGCAAAAACCACUGCAACUACCACUCCUACCACCAUAGCUACCACAAUGGAUACCACAACUGCAAACACGAAUGCAACUACCACUCCUACCACCACAGCACCACUACGGAUCCCCACAACUGCAUCACUGCAAUUACCACAACAGCUACCACAAUGGAAAUUACCACAACGAAAACAACCACUUCAACUACCACCUAACCACCAGAGCUACACUAAGGGAACCACAACUAAAACACACUGCAACUACCCACAAACAGUACCACAAUGUUAUACCACAACUGAAAAAAACACACUGCAAACUACCACUCCACAACCACAGCUACCACUAACGGGUACCCAACAACUGACCACUCAACUACCACUCCUACCACCACAGCUACCAAACGGAUACCACAACUGCCAAACACACGUAAACUACCAAACUCUACCACCACAGCUACCACUUAGGGAUACCCACAACUGA